AGCAAUAAUCGUAAUCGACUCCUGCAGCUGUUUACUAUUCCGAGAAAAAACCAGAGAAAAACACAAAUUUUGGAAGGACUCGCAGGACUGACUGCGGAUCAAGUCUCGACGGAAUAUUUCAUCGAACAUCUGCAGCCGAGCCAUGGAGCCGCCAUCGACGGGCGGGAUUGCGUCAGGUGCCGGCAACCACUCGACGCACAAGUUCCAUCCCUGCGACGAGGCGGUAAUAGCCACCAACGACGAUGCCAGUGACUGCAAGCGCUGUGCGGUGCGCCUGGGCUACUGGAAGGACGACUACAUUGGGUACUUUGUCCGCAACCAGGAGCGGAAGGCGCCGGAGAUUAAUCGCGGCUACUUUGCCCGCGUCAAGGGCGUGGAGAUGUGCGUCGAGAAGUUCCUGAAGAAAACGUCUGGCAACUGCCAGAUCAUCAAUUUGGGCUGCGGCUUCGACACGCUCUACUUCCGUCUGAGGGACACCGCCCACCAGGUGAAGAACUUCAUCGAGCUGGACUUCCCCACGGUCACUGCCCGCAAAUGCUACACAAUCAAACGCAACAAGGCCCUGCUGGCCAAGAUCCACGACGAGGACGGCGAGGUGCGGCUGAGCCCCACGGAUCUGCAUGGGCCCAGCUAUCACCUGAUGGGCGUCGACCUGCGUAACCUCGACGAGGUGGACAAUAAGCUACAGCAGGCCGAAGUGGACUUCUCCCUGCCCACCAUUUUCCUCGCCGAGUGCGUGCUCGUCUAUAUUGAGGCGCAAAACUGUCGGAAUCUGCUCAAAUGGAUAGCGCAAAAGUUCCAGGCCGCCGUCUUUGUCAACUAUGAGCAGGUAAACAUGAACGAUCGUUUCGGCGAGGUGAUGCUCAACAAUCUGCGUGGACGCGGAUGCAGUCUGGCCGGCGUGGAGUCCUGCCUGUCGCUGGACACGCAGCGAAACCGCUUCAAGGACAGCGGCUGGAGCGGUGCCCGGGCCUGGGACAUGGUGCAGGUGUACGAAAGUAUCUCGGCGGCCGAGCGACAGCGCAUCGAGCGACUGGAGAUGCUCGACGAGGGUGAGCUGCUGCUGCAGCUCUUCCAGCACUACUGCCUGGUGGUGGCCUGGCUGGGCGUGGCCUUCCAGGAUAUAGAUAUCACGUGCGUGCCAGUUGUGGAGGAGCUGAUGUCCUCGUUGAACAUUGAUUAAGAGGGAACCAGUGGAUCCUGUACUGUCUGGAGGAAGGUUAUGCCAAAAGUUUUUUGCUUCUCAACGUGUUAAACUUAACAAAAACUUGAAAAAAAAGGAUUAUGAAAACAUAUUUAAAUAAUUAACCUACACACAGACUCACUCAUUCAUUGAUUUA